AUGGUGUUAGCUUCCAAAUUCCUCUGUAUUCUCGUCGUCGCCGCCGCCUUCCUCUUCUUGUAUUAUACCCUGUUCGGAAUCUCUCCGUGGGAUGUUCCAGAUGAGAGCAGAGCUCUGCAGCGGUUCGACGGUGGAGCUCGGGAAGUCGGAGAAAUCCGUAUGUCGUCGGGGGAAGACAAUGCCGGCGACGACAUGGCCGCCCGGAUGCUCACGAGGCUCAGGUUCCUCCUUGGCGUCAAGAUUACCAGGCGUGCGAGGGAGACGCACUCCCCUGCGCCAGCUCCUUCAUUCUUCGCCGGGAAACCACAUCAGUUUCACUUCUCCAGGCCCCAUCGCCACCCGGCGUCGCCGGUGCACCGCCACAUUGCUCCGGAGCAGAGUCUGGAGUACGGGAGUGGCAAUGGAGCGAAGAAGAGGCACAAAAGAGUUGUAGUGAUCGUAGCAGUGCUCGUUGGUGCCGCCGGAGUAGUCGUCCUCUCAGGCACUGCCAUCUUUCUACUCUGCAAGAGUUCAAGAAGAAGGAACUCCAAGAAAAGGUCCGAAAGGCUGGUGUCGAUCUCUCGCCGGGGACCCAUCCUUUGCGCUCCCUCCGGCAGAGCCGACAACGUGAGCUUUGAUCCCACCUCCGACCAGUUCUAUCUAAAUUCUUUAGCCAAAUAUCUGGAGAAUGACUUCAAUAUGAAGAAUGCCGCACCGGGGGAGACCAUUCCUAAUUGCCAAUCACCAAAAAAUGGGCAUCAGGAUGACGACGACGAUUCCUUCCACUCAGUUUCUUCUCAGCCAUUGAAUCAGUCAGCUCUGAGUUCAUUGGAGGAGAACUUUUCUCCGGUGAGUUCCUACAAGUCCACUUCACCGGUUCGGAAUCCAACUUCAAGAACCUUGGUGACUCCGCAGAAGGUCUCGACUCCAACUCAAUCCUUCCUCUCUUCUUCCUCACAAAGUUUCAGCGGAAGGAGAUUUCAAGCACCUUCUUCACUUUCCCAGGAGGAUAAUGUUUCUCCAUUAAUGGCAGAGAUAGCAUCUUCUUGUCCCUUUUCCAUGGAGGUUAAUGUUUCUCCAUUAAUGGCAGAGAGAGCAGCUUCUUCUUACUUUUCCAUGGAGGAUAAUGCUUCUCCAAUAAUGACAGAGAGAGCGUCUUCUUCUACCGCAAGGAGUACAAGCGAUAGCAAUGAAGCAGUGGUCUUUUCUCCAAUGUCAGGUAUCAGUAACGGCCAUAGUUCCAAAAAACCACCUCCACCGCCGCCUCCACCUCCUCCUAUUAGGCCAAUUCUAUUGCCCAGGAGCAGCUCAGCUCGUCCUCCACCACCGCCAGCGCCGCCAUGUCCAAUUCUGCUAUCUAAACCAGUAGGCAACGAUGGCACUCCACUUCCCAAGUUGAAGCCUCUUCACUGGGACAAAGUCAGAGCAGCGCCUGAUCGUUUGAUGGUAUGGGACAAGAUAAGAUCGAGCUCAUUUGAAUUCGACGAGAAAAUGAUCGAGUCUCUUUUCGGGUACAAUUUACAAAGUUCAGCGAAGAAGCCCGAGGAAGGGAAGAGCAAGACACCUUCUCCUGGAAAACAUGUCUUGGAGCACAAGAGGCUACAGAACGUCACCAUACUGAUGAAGGCCUUGAAUUCUACUGCUGAGCAAGUUUGCAAUGCUUUGAUGAUAGGUGAAGGACUGACUGCGCAACAGUUGGAAGCAUUGGUGAAGAUGGCACCAACACAGGAAGAAGAAGAAGAGCUCUCCAAGUUUGAUGGCAACCUUGACGAGUUAGACCCUUCGGAGAAGUUUCUUAAGACAAUGCUUCGCAUACCCUUUGCAUUCCCAAGAAGUGAAGUCAUGCUGUUCAAAGAAACAUUCGAGGAUGAAGUAGCUCAUCUUCGAAGUUCUUUUGCAAUGAUCAAAGAAGCUUGCAAAGAGUUCAGAUCCAGUAGGCUUUUCUUCAGGUUGUUGGAAGCUGUGCUUAAAACUGGAAACAGGAUGAAUGUUGGAACCAUUAGAGGCGGUGCAAGAGCUUUCAAACUCGAUGCUCUCUUGAAACUAGCAGACGUGAAAGGAACUGAUGGAAAAACUACCUUGCUACAUUUUGUUGUGCAGGAAAUAGUUCGAUUAGAAGGUCUAAAUGUGAACGAAAUGGAGAUCAAUAACACCAAGUGGACAGCUGAAGAAAGAGAUGAUGACUACAAGGGAACUUGUCUAAAGCUUGUUUCAGGACUAAGCACUGAACUCACUAAUGUUAAGAAGACAGCAACUAUUGACUUGGAUGUCUUGGUGACCUCUGUCACAAAUCUUUCAAUCGGAUUGUGCCAAUUGAAGCAUUUAGUAGAGAAAGACAAGAUUGUCAGUGAAAGAAGUAAUAAAUUUGUGCUUACUAUGAAGUUAUUUCUGAGUGAUGCCGAAAGGAUAAUAGAAGAGCUGAAAGGUGAUGAGAAGCAAGUGUUGCUUCAAGUGAGAGGUAUCACAGAGUACUAUCAUGGAGAUGUGAGCAAGGAUGAAUCGAACCCACUAAGAAUUUUUGUAAUUGUGAGGGACUUCCUUUGCAUGCUAGAUAGAGUGUGCAAAGAUGUGGGCAGCUCAAGAAUUCGACAUGGUCCUAUUCAGUUGCUGCCAUUUGAUAGGAGGAGCUGAGUUCUUUCUUCUUCCUAAUUUUCAUUUUCUCCAAUAUCACAUAGCAGCCAAAUGUAGAGAAGUCGGUAUCUUUCUUUUGUGUGAGAAUUGUAUGAUGUGUAGAUAAAUCUGAACAUAAAUUUUGAAGCAUCGUUGAGUUUGUAUUUGUGGAUUUAUGUUUGU